AUGGUGGUGAUUGACUCAAGUUCUGAUGCUACACAACAGACAGAGCUCUCUACAAAGAAUUCCAGGCUUGUUGGUGUCGGAUCAGCCGGUAUCAGGGCGUUGAUGUAUCAAUUGACCACUCUCUAUCUAAGAACACCACCGGCAAAGCUGUUCAGACCAACAAGGGUAGACUACAUGGCUAUCACGAGGCUAUUCGUGAAUCAGGACCGAGAUAACGGUAGAUCACAUGGGUCAAGCCGACGUUACAACUUUUAUAAGGACUCGUCGUUGGGCGUGCUGAUAUCAGCAGUGAGGAAGUUUGGUUGGAGAUUUAUACCCGAACGUGUAUUACCACCACUAUUCGCUAAUAGUGCUACAGGGUUUGUACUGUACACCUCAUAUCUAACGUCUUUACAACACUUCAAUGGACAAAAGACGAACUUCCUGGAGAAUCCAUCUCCAAUUGAUACUUUUAGAGCAGGUUUUGUUGCAGGUACUUUCCAGUCCAUUGCAGCUGCUCCAAUAGAUGCCAUAUACGCACGGUCAACGGCAAAUGAACUGCUGAAAGGUAAGCACGAGAACCUUUGGAGAUUUGGAUUUGAGAAAUUGAGAGAGGUUGGGUUCUCCGGCGUCUUUGCAGGUUAUGGGUUAAGUUUCAUCAAGGAGAGCAUAAGCUUUGCCAUCUACUUCUCCACAUUUGAAACCAUCAAGAACCAAGUUUAUAGAUAUACAAGGGAUUCAAUGAUAAGUUACUACUACUACAAGGAGAAAGUCCUGAAGGCAAGUUUCGCUCUUACAAGGGAUGAAUACGAAGCCAUGUUGAAGGAACAGGGCCAAUUUCGGUUUUUGAAGACAUCCUUUGUAUUCAUUGCUGGUAUCACAGCAUCUCUGGCACUCCACUUGGUUCAAUAUCCUAUUGCAAAGAUCCAAACUAUCCAUUUACAGAGAUUGGAGGCAUUCGACUACUUCAACAGUGCAAAGAACUCGAGUUCAAGGAGACUGAUGACCGUGUAUUACAACUCGUACAUAGACACGAUGGAACAUGUCUUAUUCAUCCAAUUGAACUCCAGGUUGAGUUGGAAGGAGUGGCUAUACAAGGGUUUCAAGAGACACGCACUAUCGACGAUACCUUCAACAACACUAGGUCUUGUUGUUUUGGAAGCGUUGAGAACAAAACUUGCCGAUGAAAUAGGAGAUACAUCGUUCCAAUCGUGA